UCAUUUCAUAUAAUAACAGGCUGGCUUCAAAUAUUAAGCUCAAAAUAGACUAUAUGGUGACGGUUAACUCGUCUUGGGUGCACGAGCGCAUCAAUCACCCCCUCAUUUUACUGGGAGGAUCCCAAUAAAUGACGUUAUUGCUGGCGUACGACUGCAGCGUAAUUGGGCUUAUACUAAAUGAAUGCACAUUCAAUAGGCAAACAUAUUAUGAGCAGCCAGGGAGAUAUCAUAGCCUCUAAAUCACUCUUAUGAUUCAAUGCGACAUUAAGUUGACAAUGAGUUGUUGACUUGCUUGCCUUUUUAAUAACACUUUGGAUUCACGAUCCAGAAGUUCUGGUUGACCUGACAGUGCAUCACUUCAGAAGACUCUCCUAAUUCAAACAGUGCAGGGCAAAACGAUGUGGCUCGCGCGGACCCUCCUCGCUCUGGCACUUCUUUGCGCACCGGUUUCCAGCCUCUGCUUACCGACGUACGACCCCGUGUCCAACUUUCUUUGCAACAAUGAAGUGUUCUCCGAGACGAAUGAUAACGGGCAACCAGCAAAUUCCCUGCUGGACAGUCUAAACCUCAUGUACAAGUCAGCGCACUCGCUUUCCUCCGAGGAGCCUCGCGAAAGGAGGACAAUACCAGCGUCCAAAUACAGAUACUUGAGCCAGACGCAGCUCAGGAGUAAACUGUACCGUAAUAGUGCGAAGAGCGACCGACGCAGCCAGGUCACUCUUUCCCUCGACGUCCCCACCAACAUAAUGAACAUCCUCUUCAACAUUGCCAAAGCCAAGAAUCUGCGAGCAAAGGCGGACGACAACGCGCGCUUGCUGGCGCAGAUUGGAAAGAGAAAAUGAACUCCUCCAAUUAAUGUCACUAAUUUGACUUUAACAGAUAUCUUUUUGUUACCAACUGAGGCAUGUCAUCUCUAAUUUAAUGUAAUAAAAGUUUUUUUUUUCAGUUGCAUAAGAAGCAAUACUGAAAAUUAAUGGAACGUAUUAACAGAUGAUAUUUGGGUUUUGAUUUAUUACCCACUAAACGCAUACUAGUUUGGUCUUGUUAAGGGGCAUGCCAUGCUUGUCAGAUUUAAUGCUGUUUUACAGGAAAUUAUUUUAAAUUGGCUCAUUACCUAGAGAGACUCAUGGCAAUUGUAAACAAAAGUGUUUGUUUAAUUUCUGAACUCAAGCUUUAAAGAGACAAUGAUUGGAGUAUGUAUCGGAGGGAAGUAGCCUACGACAUAUUUUUUCCUUCAUGUCUCCCUUUUCAUUAAAACAAUUUUGUCUGUUCACCUCAGAUGAAAGUUGACCUGAUUAGUAUUAAAAAUGACUGCUCUAUAAGA